UCACAAUACAAUAUACAUAGAAAAUAGCUCUUGCCUCUUAUCAUCUCUUAAGCUUAACAUUGUUUUUAUAUGUGGUUUUAGGUUUAAAGUUAUUAUUUGUAAAAACAAUGAGACAGUUUCUACUGAUAAAAAGAAAUUUGUCUCAUGUAUGUAAAUUGAAACCGUAUAAAGAUACAAAAUGGUUAAUGCCAGAUGGGAAUCCAACAGGUAUUUACAUUUAUAGUUGUGUAGCUGGAGAUCGGGUGCCUGUUAUUCUUAAGGAUCCAACAAUAGCUACAUGGUAUUCUUGUGGUCCGACAGUUUACGACUCCACACACAUUGGACAUGCCAGUUGCUACGUGAAACUAGAUAUCAUUCAAAGAAUACUCAAAUCUUUUUUCAACAUAAAGCUUGUUUCUGCUAUUGGUAUCACGGAUAUAGACGACAAAAUAAUUAAAAAGUCGCAGCAAUUAAAGACAGAUUACCAAACCAUUGCAAAACAAUAUGAGCAAGAGUUUUGGUUGGACAUGGCAAAUUUAAAUGUUGAUAAACCAAUGAUAAUUGCCAGAGUUUCAGAGCACAUUAAUAGUAUAGAAAAUUUUAUUAAAAAUCUUAUUGAUUCCAAUAUGGCAUAUGUGGUUGAGGAUAGUUCUGUAUAUUUUGAUACAUCUAAAUUUCCAUUGUAUGGUAAGUUACAGCAAGUACAGGAGAAUGGUGAACCUAGUGAUGAAUUUAAACGAAACAAAAUGGACUUUGUAUUGUGGAAAGGCCAAAAACCAGGUCAACCAAGUUGGAAGACUAGUUGGGGAGAAGGUAGACCUGGUUGGCAUAUUGAAUGUUCUGCAAUGGUGAGUAAAUUAUUUGGCUCCCAACUUGACUUUCAUGCUGGAGGAAUUGAUUUAAAGUUUCCACAUCAUGAAAAUGAAGAAGCACAGUCAUGUGCUUUUCAUAACACAAACCAAUGGGCAAAUUAUUGGAUCCAUGUUGGACACUUGAACUUGAAAGAUAUCAAAAUGUCUAAAUCAAUACAGAAUACUAUAUCUAUACCAAGUCUUUUAGAAAAAUACAGUGCAGAUACAUUUAGAAUGGCUUGUCUAUUAUCAAACUAUAAACACCCCAUGGAGUACAGUGAUGACAUGAUGAAGAUGGCACAAGAUAUUGUUAUGAAGAUCAAGUUCUUCUUAAAAGAUUCAAAUGUUUAUGUAAAUAAAACAAUGUCAGAUAGAGCAACAUAUAACUACAAAUUAUUAAAUGAAUUACAAAUGACUGAAGAGAGAAAUCUUGAGGCUCUCAAAGCAGAUUUUGACACAGCAACAUGUGUUAACUCAUUGCUCAAUCUUAUAAGCAGUGCUAAUACAACAAUAAAAUUAAAUAAAAAUGAAUACUGCCCAGUGUCUGUAACACUCAUAGCAAAUUAUAUUGUCGAUAUGUUGACAAAAUUUGGCUUAAAGUUGGUUGAUAGUUCGGAGGAGAAUAUAUCCAGUUCUGUAGUUGAUACUUUGGUGGAUUUCAGGCAUCUUGUAAGAAAAAAUGCAAUACAGGGUAAAAAUAAAGAACUGUUAACGGCUUGUGAUAUUGUAAGAGAUAGAAUGAAGUGUGUUAAAAUUCAAAUCAAUGAUUCAGAUACACCAUCUUGGAUUUAUGUUAAAUAGCAUAGUAUAUAUUUCAUUAGUUAAUAUAUAUUUGUAAAUAUGUUUUAUACUGUUUAUAAUAAUCAUACAACUGUUAUAUAAUUAACCUUGAUAAGUGAUAAAUCUCCAAAAUUUGAACCAAA